AGUGGGGGGCGGCACAGAGGCGGGACUCGGACCGGCGCAGGCGAGGCGGAGGGCGAGCGCUGUGGGAGCAAGUGCGGGGCGGGGCGGGGCGGGGCGGGAGCCGAUUGCAGCUGCAGCCGCCCCCCUCACCUCCGGUGCGUCUGCCGCCCGGACACUAAGGGAGAUGGAUGGAUGGGCUGGGGAGGAUGCGGCGCGCGUAGCCCCGGGCGGCUCUGGUUCAGCUGCCGCCCCCACAGCGGACGGAUCGGGGCGGGGGUCGGGCGGUAGAAAAAGGGGCCGCGAGACGAGCGUGGCAUCGGGCGGGCCGCAGCGGCAGCAUGAGCGGCGCAGACCCUGACUCGGCCCCGGGCCGGGCGGCGGUGGCCUCGGCCUACCAGCGCUUCGAGCCCCGCGCCUACCUCCGCAACAACUACGCGCCCCCUCGCGGGGACCUGAGCAGCCCCGACGGCGUCGGGCCGUGGAAGCUGCGCUGCUUGGCGCAGACUUUCGCCACAGGUGAGGUAUCCGGACGCACCCUCAUCGACAUUGGUUCAGGCCCCACUGUGUACCAGCUGCUCAGCGCCUGCAGCCACUUUGAAGACAUCACCAUGACAGAUUUCCUGGAGGUCAACCGCCAGGAGCUGGGGCGCUGGUUGCGGGAGGAACCGGGGGCCUUCAACUGGAGCGUGUACAGCCAGCAUGCCUGCCUCAUUGAGGGCAAGGGGGAAUCCUGGCAAGAGAAGGAGCGCCAACUGCGAGCCAGGGUGAAGCGAGUCCUGCCCAUUGAUGUGCACCAGCUCCAGCCCCUAGGUGCUGGGAGCCCAGCACCCCUGCCUGCCGAUGCCCUGGUCUCUGCCUUCUGCUUGGAGGCUGUAAGCCCAGAUCUUGCCAGCUUCCAGCGGGCCCUGGACCACAUCACCACACUGCUGAGGCCUGGAGGGCACCUCCUCCUCAUUGGGGCCCUGGAGGAGUCGUGGUAUCUAGCUGGGGAGGCCAGGCUGACGGUGGUGCCAGUGUCUGAGGAGGAGGUGAGAGAGGCCCUGGUGCGUAGCGGCUACGAGGUCCGGGACCUCCGUACCUACAGCAUGCCUGCCCGCCUUCAGACAGGUGUAGACGACGUCAAGGGCAUCUUUUUCGCCUGGGCUCAGAAGAAGGUAGGGCUGUGAGGGCCCAGCGUACCCUGUGGCCCCCACCUGGAUGCCCUGCUCUUUGAGGUGGCACCUAAUAAAGAAAUAAUGGCCUGCCACUGUGCUCAGUGCUAUCUCUGCCUCUCUUGGGAGGCAACAAGGGCCCAGAGAUCUGAGUGUCGGGGUGGGGGAAGACACUCACCGUAGGCUUUUUUUCCAGAAGCUUCCUUGAGGGUAGCAUUCUGUACCAUACAUUCUUCCCAAACUAAGGAAGGCCAAGGUCAAGGGGAGCUCCAGGCACGUGUGACAUGCCAUUCUGCCCAUGACAUCAUUCAUUCCUGCAUUCAGCAGCAGGUCCUGCUAGUCUGUUUCCAGGUGAAGCUCAGAGAGGUGAAGUAACAAACAGUGCAGCCUGGUUCAGACCAGAACAGGGGAGACUGGGAUCAUGAGGAGAUGGAAGUAGCACCUGCAAGGUGAUAGGGGUAUUAAGAUUGAAGCACAAAGGCCCAGGGAAGCCAAAGGGCAAGAGCCGGCUCCGGCUGCCUCUCACAACCAGACUUGAGCUUUGCCCAGCUCUGCUCUGGGGCCUGCCAUUCCCUAUGCCCAUGUGCCCAGGCAUAGACCCCACCUCUGUCUACUGCCUCCAGCCAGCUAUGGGGCCUUCCCUGCCCCCACAACUGUCUUCUGCCCUCCAGCCCACCCUAUUCACACAAAUGAGCUGAACAAGGCAGGUGAGGCUGAAAAUGAUUUAUUAACCAUGUCCCUUGCUACCCUCCCACCUUAAAACAGUUUUCAGUAUCAAAAGAACCUAGCCCAGGCUACCCAAGUCCCUGAGGCUGGAGUUCUAGCAUAGCUCCCCUCCCCUAAAGAGGAACCAGGGGUCGGGGGCAGAGCAAAAAUCCAGUCUGCUUCAACCACGGACACUGCCUUUGGGAUGGAAAGUUUCUGGCACUCACUCUAUCCUAUCCCUGUGGGGCAGGAACAUGCCAGGGCUGCUGGCAACUGGCAGGGGUCACCUUUACCAGGGUGUCAGCACAGUGUGGCUCCUGCCCGUCCUGGAGCCACCCUGGAACAGUAAGACCCUCUGGGGAGGGCAGAAACCAGACCCAGCCACAAGCUUUCUCCCCUUCUCCCUCAAAUCCCUUCCCCCUCCCCAAAGUCCAGGUGAUGCAAAGGGGCUGGCAGCAGGGGAAAGGGGGUUUUGGAGGGGAGGUCAACCAUGCCAAGGCAAGGAGAUACAGAGGCUGGAGAGAGCCCCAUGCAUCCGCAUUUUCCUUCCUCUGCCCCCGAGGGGCUGGUUCUGGAGGGUACUGUUGUGUGGAGGCCCUGCAAGGUGUGCAGGGGGCACAGGACAGGGAACACGCACACAGGCAGCCUGGCUGUGCAGAGGUCCUGGCUGUCUGCCCAGCUGAGGCCUUGGGCAGAGCUGGUGCUCCACAGUGAUUACUGAUGGUGACAUGAUUCCCUCAUCCUCUCCAACCUCUCAGCUGAGGGCACGUUCACCUGCAGUCACACUCGCCUCACAUGCCCAUCAGCACGCUCACAUGCAUGUUCCCCUAACCCAGCUAACCCACCCACCCCCUGCACACACACACUUUGAAACCACACCUCGUACCCUGCAACACCCCUCUCCAUGCUGCACACGUAGGCCUGAGCUCACACACACCCAAGCCCAUACUUACCACAGGUCAGCUAUGCACUUGGCCUGGCCCACACUCCUGACACACGGUGGCAGGCUCUUAACCAGACCUCAGCAGGGGAUCUUUGCCCUGGGCUUGCUGGGGCUCUGGCCCCGAGGGGGAGUGUGGUGAGGCCUCCUGGGAACCUGGCAAUGAUCAAAGUGAAACCCCUUCCCAAUCCCAAUCCCAGCAGCUUGGUCCCUCAAGAUCCCAUCAGGAGAAUCACCUUGAACCUUGGCUGGCCAAAGAACAAGCAUCUGGCGCCACCUAGUGGUGUCCUGGAGGAGGGUUGGGGUGGCAAGAGAAGGGGACCCCCUGUAUCCCUAAGGCCUGUGGUCCCCGGUCUCCCAAGUAGACAGAGGGCUCUGGGACCAAGCCAGGCAGCGGGGGAUAUGGGGAGGAAACAGGCAGCUUUCCUCCCGGUGGAGCUAAGAACACAUUCAGGAGGCAGAGGGGCUGCCCAUUCUCUAGUCCCAGAUGCUGGGAGGCCUUCCCUAGCACAGGCUCCAAGGCUGGUGAGAGCCAGCAGGAAUGGGCUGGCCCAUAUCCUUCAUGUCCAAGUUCAAGAAGUUGAAAGGAGAAAAUGAAUCAUCUCAAGGCUUGGGGGGAGAAGGGAAGCCAGCAGGGUGGGGGCAGGAUCCCCACUGGGGCAGACCCGCUCCCAAGGUCUUUAGUCCCGCUUAAACUUGGCUUCUGAUUCCUUCAGCAGAUACAAGCUGUCAUCUUCCAGAAAGCUG